AUGGCCUCGCCACCCUCUUACACCGCAACCGACCCCAGAAGGGACAGAUUACCACCGUACAAGGCGUCGCACGGCUUCGCCAACAGUCAAGAAGAACUCGCCGCGCUCAGAGAAUUCGCCGAAUCCAAACUGUACGUCGAACCCGGGUCCAAUGGCAUGUUACCGGACCUGCGCGGCGGGGCGGGAGGACUGCAGUCUCUGGCGUGGGGGGGGCCUAUACAGUCCUCGGGGAAUCCUUACUGGGAGGUCGGGUGGCCCGAGCCGGAGACCAAGGAGGAGCGCAAGAGAAGAAAACAGCAGGAGAAGCAGCGGAAGAAGGAGGAGAAGGACAAGGACAAGGACAAGGAGACAGAGCGGAGAGGCAGCGUAGCCGAGAGGCUGAUGAGGGUCAUCAGUCGAGGCAGCAGCAAGGACGGAGACACGAGCUCUUGA